AUCACGAUUCUAUCGAAAAACGUGAAAGUUGUAGGUAGCGACGGAAACAAGCUAGUGGCUAAAAGCAAUUAUCAGUUCAGACAUUUAAAGGAAAUACUUUUAACGUUAAAAUUUUAUUUUAUGGAGAUGGUUGUAAUAGUUUUGGUAUUUCAGACACACUCGGUCUUAACUAGAAAAAUAAACUAAAACGACGUUAACGAGCUAACUUGUUAGCAUUACCUUCAGGAUGUCGAGAUGUUUACAACAAGUUUCACAGCGGAGCAGCAGAGGGAACUAGCCAAGCAACUCUCCACCUUUCUGUCUCAGUACAGCCACCUCUCCGACUCCUACAUAAUUGAAUUUUUCACAGAAGAUCUGUGGCACACAUUACCCAGCAGCUGGCAGCCUGUGUUGCAGGACCUGUCAUAUCCACAGAUUGCAGACCUAUUGCUGGAUGCCACUCAUGAAGACAGGAGAUAUCCUUCAGUGUGGCCUCUGACUCUCUUGGCUUUCCGUGCCACAGCCCAUGCCCUGGCAUUUCCUAGGGAGAGCAGGAGUGAGGGAUGCAGAGUAGGUGGGUCAGUGAAGCCAAAGGAGUUCCUGGAAAAUCACAGUCAGAGCUCCCUCCUGGGUCACAUUUUCAGGAAGCAUGUUAAACCCAAGAAACAGCAUGAGAUUCGCAAGCUCGGCACACUGGUUAAGCAACUUUGUGAGCAGACUGAUUGCAACAGAGUGGUCGAUGUGGGCUCUGGGCAGGGUCACCUGACUCGUUUCCUGUCCUUUGGACUUGGACUUUCUGUGACUGCUAUUGAAGCUGAUCCAACCCUGGUUACUAUGGCAUCCAAGUUUGAUGGACAGUUGGUGUGGGCCUUGGAGAAGGAGAAGCAGAAAAAGAACUGCUCCUCUCACAUUCCAGCACAAUAUUUUCCUCGCCACAUCGCCGGUUGGGUAAACCCGAAGGCAUCGUGGGAGGCUUUCAUCAGACAGCUAAAAGCUCCAGAUCAUGUCAGCGAAGGUCCCCCAACUCUAUCUGGACCCAGCAAAAAGAAACUGCGAGGCUCUGUGCAACAGGGAGGCCUCCAUGUAGUUCAGACUUCUUAUGCUCGUUCUGAUUCUAACUCUCAAGAGUCUGAACUGUCAAAACAACAAAAGUCAAAAAAGAUGUCCGGAGUGGAAUUCGUUGACGAAAAAUGCUCCUCAUGCAUCCACUCUGACAGUCACGAGGGGGUAUACUCUGAGGAAGACAGCCUGCAAGGCUAUCCAAACUUUGUCCUGACUGGUCUCCAUGCCUGCGGUGACCUCAGUGCCACCCUCCUCCGCCAUUUUGUCAAAUGCCCGCAUGUGCGCGGCAUCACCUCAGUGGCAUGCUGUUACAUGAAAAUCACAACCAAAGAAAACCCCACCCCUCCAGGACUGGUCAUACCGCCUGCUCCACCAACACCAGAUCAAGAGUCAGUUCAGUCAGAGUUUGGCUACCCGAUGAGCUCCUGGGUGUCAGGGCUGUCGGGACAUCAGUUGUCCUAUAAGGCCCGAGAGGGGGCGUGUCAUGCUGUUGAGGACUAUGUGCGGCGACUCAGGGAAGAAAGCGAGUUGCUCAGGUCGCACUGUUACAGAGCGAUGCUUGAGACCUUCAUCAGAGACACAAGGCCAGAUCUGCGCAGGGCAGGAAUCCAGACCAUCAAGAAAUCCCACCUAUUACCUUUUAUAGAAUAUGCUCGUUUGGGUCUGGCUCGGGUCGGACUGCCUCCUGAGUUGCCCCUGGACCUGGGGCGAGUGGAGGCCAUGUUGAAGGAACAGGGCAGGGUGGUGGUGUACUUCAGCUUGUCCCUGCUGCUGGCCCCUGUGGUGGAGACAAUGGUGCUGCUGGAUAGGAUGAUCUACCUCCAAGAGAAUGGUGUGAACAGUCAGCUUGUUCCUCUCUUCAACCCAAACUUCUCUCCAAGAAACUUUGUACUGGUGGCUCUGAAGCGUUUUGGACAAUGACAACAAAAGGAGAAUUCCCACUUAACCACUCUUUGUUUUUAGGAUUUUUAAAUAUUGAAUAUUAAGAAAGGUUUUAAGCUUUUAAUCCAUCUGAACAUCAUGAUCCUGACGCAUACAUGUACCACUGUUUAUCACUUAAAGCCUCUAUGACAGCUUAGAGACAUGCAUGUGUUAGGUAUCAAUUUUCUCUGUAUACAGACAUUGUGUUUGUGGUUUGUUUUUGUUUAUUUUAUUUCUUGUGCCAUUUUUAGUAAAGCAGAAAGGGAACAUCAUAUUUUACGGUGUGUAAACAAUAUAUCCAUCCAUCUUCUUGUGCUUAUCUAAUCCAAGGUCAUGGGGAUUAAGGAUAGAUGUGGGCAUUGUCAUCACCAAGAAAUGUUAAAUCCUAGAAAUUGUGCCAAUAAGCUGCUUUAGAGCAGGUUAUGUUCAGGAUAAAAGAUCAACAAGUUGCAAAAUCACCUCUUACCAUCUCAAAAAUAGAGUCACCAUUCUUGGAAGAUCACUUUGAUCUUGGUGACCAAAUAGCAACAUGACCUAAACACUUUUACAACCAUAUAAAGCAGGGACACUAAACUGAUUUUACAUUGUGGGCAACAUACAGCCCACUUUGAUCUGAAUUAGGCCGAACCAAAGAAACUCUUCUUGCUUUAAGUAUAAAGAAGUUAAACAUAAUGCAUUUAAUCCCUGCAAAAAUUGUAAUAUUAAAAAAAGAGCAAUUUCAGCAGUAUAUCUCAGUUUUUCUACAUGACAAAAGAAAUGCGCCUAUAAAUCAAAAACAAAUCGGUCACGUUUGUAAAGUGUUUAAAAUUACAGAAAAAGUUGUAAUAGCUCAGUGCUAAGAAAUGUUGGGUUUUUUCUAGACAGUGAAAAAAUAGAAAUUUUUCUCAUAUUUAUUAUUUAUUUAUUAUGUAAUUACUUUGGUGUAUUAGUAGUAGUGGGAGAGGGCUUUAUGAGUUAUGUUGUAAAGCUUGUGAAAAUACAGUAAAAACUUCAAAGUUUAUGACCUUCUUAAUAUUUCCAGUGGGCUUGAUCAAGUUUUUACCAGGCCAGUUCUGGCCACUGAACGUCUAAGAAAUAUAGACAUUUUUUGGAACAACUUUGUUGAUUUUUUUCCCCUCCUGCAAGCAAUUUUAAAACACUUUUGUUUUUCUGUAGAACUUAAUAUACAAAAAAAAUAAUACCUGCAAUACCUGUUCUUACUUGUUAACUUUACAUUAGAUUUGCACUAAAUUAUAAUUUAAUUUAUAUUUAUUAAUUCUAUAUGUAUUCUUUACUUUUGCUCAGUGCUGAAAGUUUGAAACUGUCUUACACAAAUAUAACCAUUAAUUUAAUGGAAUAAGCAGGUCUAAUCUGUCAGAUUCUCCCGUGUCUUAAUCGUAGCGCUGAUACUCUAUUCGCGCCCUUGGCGUUAUCAGCACCUGCAAAGGCAGAAAUAGCAUUAGUUGUUCAGCUUCAUCACUUUAGUUAAAUUAAGUUGUUCAUUUAUGAGAAACUGUUGUUAAGAUAAGGAAGCCAUUUGGUCUGUGACAUGUUUCUCAAACUUCAUCAUUAAAUGCAUCAGGCAAUGUUUGUAAUUUAGCGACUGUUUCUGUAAAAGAGCCAUUUUCAGCAGUAUUGUUAGGGAUGGAGUUACACAUGCAUCACCAAAUAUCACACGCACUCCUUUCUGCUGCUUUAUCAAUCACAUUUAGCUCUUUAAGAAGAAGUUCAUUCUCUGGGUCCUCAAAGCAUGUUCAAAGCCCAAUAAAAUUCCUUAAUGAAGUGGAAUGUCCCCAAAAUCCUAUUUUUAGGGUUUCAGGUAAUGUGUCAGAAUUUAGUAGAAAUGUCAAAGGAACUUAGAACUGUUGCUCUCUCUUAAUCGCCCCCUGAUUGUCUUCAACUUACUCACAAUGGCUUAACUGUGUGUGUGGAACAAAGCACGAAACAUAUGUGAUGUUAUCCUAUAUGUAUGUAACUAAGUGACAAAAAAGUAAUAUUACUAUUACUAAAGUGAUCAUUUCAGAAAAUGAAGAAAUUUCCACACUGGCCAUUGAGUUGGCAGCAAGUUGCCUCUCCCACUCAUGUUCUACCACUUUGUAAAGGUCCAUAGCGGCUCUAGCAUCCUCCACAGAGGAGUGGCCUUUGUUCCCAGUCUGAGGACACAGGA